GUUUAUUUUUGACAGCGACAGCACAUUAGUCUGUGAAAAGAAAAGUUGGCUAACUGUUACAAUUUGUUUUUCUUUAUCAAUUAAUUCACAAAAAAAUAACUGGGAAGAGUUGAUUUCCCGAAGGGGAAAUAGGUUUUUAUUUAUGUGCGGCAAAAAUAUUGAGUGUUUCUGAAAAAACUGUACCAGUUUUUCUCCGGCGGCACAAUGUCCGACGAAAGUCACCCAAAAACCCUAUAUGUGGGCAAUCUGGAUGUUUCUGUUUCAGAAGACUUGCUAUGUACUUUAUUUUCACAAAUUGGCCCUGUUAAAGGAUGUAAAAUCAUUAGAGAACCAGGAAAUGAUCCUUAUGCUUUUGUUGAAUUUACAAACCACCAGUCUGCCUCUACAGCACUGAUAGCAAUGAAUAAACGUGUUUUUCUAGAUAAAGAAAUGAAAGUUAAUUGGGCCACUAGUCCUGGAAAUCAACCUAAAACAGAUACCUCAAACCAUCAUCACAUAUUUGUGGGUGAUUUAUCACCCGAAAUCGAGACUGAAACGUUAAGAGAGGCCUUUGCUCCUUUUGGGGAAAUAUCCAAUUGCCGCAUUGUUAGGGAUCCUCAGACUUUAAAAUCAAAAGGUUAUGCUUUUGUAUCCUUUGUGAAGAAGGCUGAAGCCGAAAAUGCUAUUCAAGCAAUGAAUGGACAGUGGCUUGGGUCUCGGUCAAUUCGUACAAACUGGUCUACUAGAAAGCCACCACCUCCAAGAACUGAAAAACCACAACAAAGACAAAAGCAGAUUACAUUUGAUGAAGUGUAUAACCAGAGUUCACCAACUAACACCACUGUCUAUUGUGGUGGAUUUAAUGGUGGUCUUACUGAAGAUUUGAUGCAAAAAACAUUUGCCCCUUUCGGCACUAUAACUGACAUAAGAGUAUUCAAAGAUAAAGGAUAUGCCUUUAUUAAGUUUGCCACUAAGGAAAGCGCCACACAUGCUAUUGAAAGCAUUCAUAAUACCGAAAUAAACGGACAUCAUGUAAAAUGUUUUUGGGGUAAGGAAAAUGGAGGAUUAGGACUUGACAUAAAUACUGCAACUUCUGGCACUUCUGGUCCACCAACAGCAGCCCCCUAUUCCUAUGGAUAUGGUGGUUAUUGGUAUCCUCAAGGUUAUGGAAAUUACAUGCAGAAUUAUCCAUACCAGCAGCAAUAUCAAUACCCCGCAGGACAACAGUAUGGUGUGGUCCCGCCCCAAGGACAAUGGUCAGGCCCGCCCAGUCAGCAAACAGCCAAUAUGCCCGUAAUGUACGGAAUGGUUCAGAAAUAUCAAUGAACUGACAAAUAGUUCUGUGCAAAAGACAAUUUGGUUUUGCAACAGAUUUUUUUUAUUUUGUAGCUGUAAAUUGAUAGGCGUGAAUUUAAAAUGAAAUGAAAAUUAACUGCAGUAGUAGGAUCAUCAAAACAUAUCUUCAGAUGUGCUUCAACAUUAAACACAAAAUUUGUUUCAAACUUUGUGUUUUUGGGGUUUUACCCAUUCUACUCUCUGAUGGAACAAUUCCCUUCCAAAAGAAAAUAGCACCAUUUUAAAUUAAACAGUUUGUUUUUUGUCAAAACUUCAUAUGUAUUUUGAAGUUAGGGGUUGAUGAGUCCACUACUAACUACCUAAUGUGGUAGGGGAAAAAAAUUAUUUUGGAAAAUUUUGAGGGCUAAUUUUUUUCUUUUUCGCUAUUCAAAUGUCACAUGCUGUAUAUGUCCGGGUGGAGAGAUCUUUGUUUGCUGUAUUUUGACAAUUAGAGUAGGGCUGCUAUUUGGCAUUAUCCUUACUUUUUAUUUCUGAAACUGUUCAAAGAUUCCAAAGGUAUUGAAGUAGUGUAAAGUUAAAAAAAUAAACGUGCUAAAUUUUGUAUUUUUCCUUUACCACAAAACAAACUGUAUUUAUUAUUUUUUGGAUGAUCAUUAAAUAGAUUUCUGUAUAAAGUCUUUUGACAAUAGGAUUGACUAAACAAUGGACUAGUACAGCAGAGAAUGUGGAAGGCAGAUGUCGUAGAUUCGCAUGUAUAUUUAGCUUUUAGACAGUUUCAGUAUAUUAUCCAUAAUCAAGUGCUAUAUGUAAACGAGAUGGAUAACAUUACUAUGUAUGAAUGCGCCAAAAGAAAAUUAAAAGAAUUUUAUAACAAGAUGUAUAUUAUGCUAGUUGUUAAUAAAAUUUUAAGGU